AUGGGGACCAAGGCCAAAAACAUAGUAUUCCUAAAGGGUUUAAACGAUGCAAAGUACUGGAAAUUCUUCAAAAGAUGUGCAUUUGGUGAAGCUAACCCUAAUGAUCAUCCCAAAUUGGAGUUGAUUGGCAAGCAAAUAGCAAAAAAGCUUGUUGGCUCACCAUUAGCAGCCAAGACAAUUGGAGGUGUACUGAAGUCCAAGCUAGAGGAAGAACACUGGAGGAACAUAAUGGAAAGCAAAUUGUGGCAAGUGGAACAACAGAAGGAUGACAUUUUCCCAGCUCUAAAAUUAAGUUACGAGCACUUGCCUACUUCAGCCUUGAAGCAGUGUUUUGUCUACUUUUCUUUGUUUCCCAAGAACUACCACUUUGACAAAGACAGAUUAGUCAGAAUGUGGAUGGCACAAGGUUUUCUUCAAUCCAAUGAAUCAGGGAAGAGAAUGGAAGAAGAGAUAGGUCGGGACUACUUUGAUGAAUUACUAUAUAGGUCCUUCUUUCAGGACACCGAAUUGAUCAAACAGUCUAAAAUAUAUGUGGUUCAUGACCUGCUGCAUCACCUUGCAGAAUCUUUGUCUGCUCAUGAACACUUUAGAGUUGAAGAUGAUGAACCAGCAGAAAUCCCAGAUCGGGUGUGGCACAUGUAUAUUAGUUCAAGUAAUCUGGCUAACAUCCAUGAGAAUCUACACAAGCUGAAAAUUUUGCGUAGCCUCGAAGUCAGUGGUAGUUUACUGGAUAACCUCUACAGGUACAAUCUCAUAAAUUUCAUAGAAGAAGCAUUGAAACAAUUGAAAUGCCUCCGGGUUAUUGUUCUGGAUGAACUACCUGAGAGUAUUGGUCACUUGAAGCAUCUCAGGGUUGAGUCUCCAGUUUUGUGUGCCGUUGCAUCAAGGCAGCCCGUUACCUACAGGAAUGCACAAAAUUAA